AUGACAAUGACCGAAGCCGAAAUGCUCAAAAUGAUUCGCCAAAUUGCCGGAAUCAGACCGCCAGCAGGCAAAAUUAACAGGAGCGAUGAAUUUCUCCCUGGCACUACAUUCGAGCAGGCAUACGAUCUUUAUCUUUUUGAUAAAAAACUUCGAAUGUUAAUGAUGGAUGCCCUGGAACGUAUUGAGAUUCAUAUUCGUUCCGUUAUCGCUCAUGAAUUAGGGCGAUACGAUCCGCUUGCUUACAGAAAGGAAUCCUACAUAAACCAGCGUUAUCUUAAUGAUGGAAAACCCAGCACGUUUACAAAAUGGCAGAAAAAGCUCGAUAAAAAGCUGGAAGAUAGCCGGGAUGAGUGCAUUCUUUGGCAUUUGAAUCAGGGGAAGGAGAUCCCUUUUUGGGUAGUUGUUGAAGCCUGGGAUUUUGGUCAAAUGUCAAAAUAUUACGCGAUGCUGAAUGGUGGUAUACAAGCCAAAAUAAUUAAAAGAUUAAAUAUCGACAAUAAACAAACAUUAACCAAAUGGUUGCAAUGUCUGAAUCUUUUGCGUAAUCGUUGUGCGCAUCAUUCCAGAAUCUGGAAUAGAAAACAUGCCGGAAUCCCAAUACCAAAUACAACCUUCUUCAAUUCACUGAGAAUAGAUGCCCCUGCGAGUGAGCGUCUUUAUAGUGCGAUAUGUGUUAUUUGGUAUUUGGUCAAAAUGAUCGGGCCAAAUUCUACAUGGAUCCGCCAGGUUGCAGAUCUCUUUGACAAAAAACCCAAUAUGCCGGGAUGUUCAUACAGUUCUAUGGGGGUGCCAAAAUCUGGUUUUCCGCGUGAGAGAUUUGGGGAAGCGCUUGGUUUUGUAUGCGCAGAUAAUGAUUCUGUGGAGCAAGAAUUUGAAGGGUAA